CAUAUAUGAAGCCAACAUGUCCUGAUGUAAACGGACGAUACCGCUGUUAUUGGGCUGAGACAGAGACACAUAAAUACUGACUCGUAGAAUAUCACUGUAAGUUUUAAUAGGGAGUUAAGGAGUUGUCAAGUGAUGCUGGUACCAGCCAUCCUUGUGGCUGUGGUCACACUCCUGGCUGUUGACGGCAGACCGUCUGGAGAUUUCGUCCGCUCCAACUACCCAAAGUCAUUCAACCGUUUCCUACAGCGUGCCAUCACUGAAGGUUUGAUCAGGGCAGAGAGGGAACUGGAGAAAAACUCUGAGCACUUUAAUGGCACUGACUGGACCAAUGACACGGACGUGAGGUCAAGGUUCAACAGUUUACCCUGCAGCAGCGGCUACUGUGACUCGUGUUUUGGCUACCGGAGGCCGGACCUGUGUGAGCAAGUUUGUGAGCAGAACUGUUGGGAGGAUGAGCAGGACGGCGAGAAAGAUGAAAACGAGUAUGAACGUCACAAGAGAGACGGCUUGCUCGAGAUUUGCAUACAGAUCGACAUCCUGGGGCUGGGCAAGCUACUGACGGGACUGCUGGGGCUGGGGGGUGACUCGGGUGGGGGUCCUUUGGGAGAUGUCCCCAUCGUGGGGGGACUACUCAAUGGGCUGCUGGGUGGGUUAAUUAGCGUGGAGCCUCAGGUGGGGGGUGUGCUAGGUGGCUGAGCGGGUAGGGCUCAAUGUCAUGGGAUGUGGGAAGUUUAUUUAGUAGACGGACUUACGGUAGUUGGUGGUUCAGUGGGUGGGGCUCAGUGUCAAGGGGGCGUGGGUAAUUUAUUGAGUGGAUCCCCGUUAAUUAGUGGUCUGCAAGGUAGUGGAGGGGGUGGGGGCUAAAGUCAAGGGGGAGGGGGUAGUUUAUUGAGUGGAUCCCCGUUUAUUAGUUGUCUGCCAGGUGGCGGAGGGGUAGUUCACUUGGCUCAUUACUGGGUGGUUGGGUAUCUAAUUCUGAACGGUCUAUUCUAAAAUGUUGAAAUUUGAACUGAAAAUAAAAAUUAGCUACAUGA